UGGGUGAAAAUGGUUUUCAACCAUUUCGGGGGUUAAAAACGGGUUUUCCAAGGGCAAAUCUUCCUUUAGACCCUUAUGCCCUUCGUGAUUUCUGCAGUGUGUCAGCAGUUUAAACCGUGAUCUUUGUAAAACAAGGUCAUACAUCCAUCUACUUGGCGCUCAACCAGUGACGUCAGCGAUGUGGAUGGAGAAGUUUCUAAUCUGAAGGAAAGUGAAUCAAGAUAGUCGCCAUUGUCAUUUGCUGAAACACGCGCAAUAUUUUUUUUCUUGUUUCGUUUGUGUAAAAGAUGUUUUGACUCUUUUUCAUAUUGAUUUGAAAUAAUAUCAACAAAGAUGCCUAGUUCGUGCUGCGUACCGAACUGUAGAAGUAAUUACACUAAAAAGAGCCCGAAAGUAUCUGUAUAUCAAUUUCCAAGAGAUGAAAACGCCAAAAGAGCGUGGCUUUCUGCUAUUAACAGAGAAGAUUUCGUUCCAACGAAAUAUAGCAAGGUCUGCGCCAAACAUUUCUCAGAUGAUCAGUUUGCAACUUUUAGAGAGGCCUUUAAUGAUCGUACGGGUGAACUUAUUCAAGUACAACUGGAGCAUAGGAGGCUGAUACCAGGAGCUAUUCCGUCCCUUUUCCCAAAUUCAUCGGAACCUUCGAAUUCUCGAGAAAAUCUUGAAGAUAAAGCAGAAAUAACUGUACCUUUUGGCUUAAAAGAUGUAACUGUCAGCUUACAAGAGCAGGUGGAAAAGGAAAGAUUGGAAAAAAUUCCAACUGUACAGGAACCGUACAAAAUAUUAAAGUCACAAAAACCAGAUUACUUAAAGGUUAUAUCAAACAAAAGUGCGAUAAUUUUAUUACCUGUAGAUGCAAAUCAGGAGUCUAAGAAUUCAGGCACUUUCGCCAAAGUAGAGGAGAAGAAAGAUCACACUUUACUUGAAAUCCCCGUCAAGAUCGAAGAACUUGUGGAUAGUACCCCGAUCCCAUCUAUUUCCAACGAUGUUGGCAAUCAAGCGUUCAUCCUAACCCAGGAAGAUAGUUCUUGGAUAAUAGCAAACUCGGUUAAGGAACCACAGUCCUCCUUAUCCUUCGCCUGUCUGGCAUCUCCCUACGAAUCAGGAACUUAUGAUCGUGAUGAACUCAACCCAACCAGUUCUAAUGAGUGUCGCCAACCUAUUCUUGGCGAUGCUGUUUUGGCGUCAACAAACUAUUCUGAAAUGCUACCGAAGAGUCCUGCUAUGUUUUCAACUACAGGCUCUUCGAAAGAGUCUCACAAGGAUAUUCCCAUCAAAGAAAAACCUGUGGAUUACAUUGCAAACCCUUGCACCUCCACCUAUGUUGCCAAUCAAGAGUUCAUCUUACAUCAGGAGAAACAUUCUUGGACUACGUCUAACUCGGUUGCGGAGUCACAGUUCAUGUUACCCGUGGCCAGUGUGGCAUCUUCAAAUGCUCCAGAAACCUCUAAUAGUGGACCACCGAAGAAGAAAAGAAAAGUUAUUUUAAAGAAGGAAAUUACUUUAGUAUCACCAACAACAAAUGAUCCUGAACUGGUACCCCAAAAUCCUCUAUACAGCUUUGGCGAGAACUCGACACAAGGCCUUUCGAAGGAUGCUUCCAUUAAGAUCAAAGAACCUAUGGAUUACAACUCGAUCCUGUCCAUUUUCAACGAUGCCGCCAAUCAAGAUUUCGACUUUCCCCAGGAAAGAAAUUCUAGAACAACAUCUAAUUUUGUGGUGGAAUCGCAGUUCGCCUCAUCCGUCGCCAAUGCGGCAUCUUCUUACGAACCAGAAACUUCUGAUUGUGAUCAACUAAGAAAAAAACAGAAAAGCAACCCAUCCAAUUCGAGUGAGGGUCUCAACCCCAUUAUUGGUGAAGGACUUCAGCGACCAAGAAACUGUUCUAAAGCGAGAUCACAAGGUCCUGUUUGCAACUCUGAAGAAUCUUCAACUCCAAACCCUUCGAAAAAAUCUCAUAUAGACGUUCCUGUCAGGAAUGAGGAACAUGUGGAUUACAUCUCAAAUCCGUGUGCCUCCAACGAUAUUGCCAGUCAAGAGUUCGUCUUAUCCAAAGAAAAGAGUUCUUGGACAGCACCUAACUUGGUUACAGAGCCACAGUUUACCUUCUCCGUUGCCACUCUGGCAAAUUCAAACGCUCCAGAAACAUCCAAUAAUGAACAAGUGAAGAAGCAAAAGAUCAUUUCAACAGAGAAAACUACUUUUGUGCCACCAGCAAAAAAUGAUCCCGAACUGACACCAAAGAGUUCUGUAGACAAAUUUGAUGAAUCUACGACUCCGGACUCUUCUUCAAUUGAGUCUCAUAUGAACAUCGCCGUGAAGAUCAAAGAAGAACCUAUGGAUUACAUCUCAAACCCAUGCGCCUCCAACGAUGUUGUCAGUAAAAAGUUCGUCUUAUCCCAGGAAAAGAGCUCUUGGACAACACCCAACUUGGUUACAGAGCCACAGUUCAUGUUAUCUGUUGCCAGUCUGGCAUCUUCAGAUGCUCCAGACAGAUCUAAUAAUAAUGAACAAGUGAUCAAUUCAACCGAGAAAACUACUUUUGUGCCACUAAAAACAAAAAAUUCCGAACUUGUACCACGGAAUCCUGUACACAAUUUUGACAAGUCAUCAACCCCAGGCCCUUCGAAUGAGUCUCAUAUGGACAUCACUGUGAAGAUCAAAGAAGAACCUAUGGAUUACAUUUCAAACCCGUGCGCGUCCAACGAUGUUGCCAAUGAAGAGUUCAGCUUACCGCAGGAAAAGAACUCUUGUGCAACCGUUAACUCUGUUGAGGAGCCACACUUCACUUUAACGACUACCAGUUUGGCAUCUUCAAACGCUCCGGAAACAUCUAAUAAUGAACAAGUGAAGAAGCGAAAGAUCAAUUCAACAGAGAAAACUACUUUUGUGCCGCCAUUAAUAAAUGAUUCCGAACUGACACAAAAGAGUUCUGUAGACAAAUUUGAUGAAUCUACGACUUCGGACUCUUCAAAUGAGUCUCAUAAUGACAUCCCCGUGAAAAUCAAACACGGAAAACAAUCUAUGGAUUGCAUCUCAAACCCAUGUGCCUCCAACGAUGUUGCCAGUCAAAAGUUCAUCUUAUCCCAGGAAGAGAACUCUUAUAUAACAGCUAACUUGGUUACAGAGCCACAGUUCAUGUUAUCUGUUGCCAGUCUGGCAUCUUCAGAUGCUCCAGACAGAUCUAAUAAUAAUGAACAAGUGAUCAAUUCAACCGAGAAAACUACUUUUGUGCCACAAAAAACAAAUAAUUCCGAACUUGUACCACGGAAUCCUGUACACAAUUUCGACAAGUCAUCAACCCCAGGCCCUACGAAUGAGUCUCAUAUGGACAUCACUGUGAAGAUCAAAGAAGAACCUAUGGAUUACAUCUCAAACCCGUUCGUGUCCAACGAUGUUGCCGAUCAAGAGUUCAACUUACCCCAGGAAAAGAACUCUUGUGCAACAGUUAACUCUAUUGAGGAGCCACAAUGCAUCUUACCCAUUGCCAAUCUGGUAUCUCCGUAUGCUCCAGAAACUUCUGAUAGUGAAGAAUUGAAGAAGAAGCGAAAAACCAAGAAAACAACUUUUGUACCACCUGUAACAAAUAAUCCCGAACUGACACCAGACAGUUCUGUUCACAAUUUUAACGAAUCUUCGACGUCAGUCUCUUCGAAUGAGUCUCAUAUGGGCAUCCCUGUAAAAAUCAAAGAAGAACCGAUGGAUUACAUGGCAAACCCGUGCGCCUCCAACGAUGUUGCCAAUCAAGAGUUCAGCUUACCCCAGGAAAAGAACUCUUAUAUAACAGCUAACUCUGUUGAGGAGCCACAUUUCAAUUUAACCUUUGCCAGUCUGGCAUCUUCAAAUGCCCCGAAAACCUUUGAUCAUGAACAACCGAAGAAGAAUUCAAAAACCAAUUCAACCGAGAAAACUACUUGUGUGCUUCCAGUAAUAAAUGAUCUCAAACUGGUACCAAAGAGUCCUGUAUACAACUUUGAAGAGUCCAUGACUCAAAGCCUUUUGAAAGAACCCCACAAGGACCAGUUCGAUGUUUUUGGCGAGUUCAUUGCUGCCAAGUUGAGAAGUUUCGAUCGGAAAUCAUGCGCCUUUGCCCAGAAGGCCAUUGCUGAUAUUAUAUUCGAAGCGGAUAUGGGCAAAUAUUUGAAGGAAGGACACAAUCAGCCGCAGAUUGCAGAGGCUUGAAGCGCUGUAUCAUUUAGCAGAUAGGCUAAGUGUCUCUAGUCAGUGAUUGCCAAAGAUUACAAUAAAUGGGAAGUCCAGAAAUUUGGUUAGGAUUUUAGAAAGAGUACCGUGAAAUUAAAGAGCUUUCACUUUAAAUAUAGUUUCAUUUUUUAAACUAUCGAUAAUACCAAGUUAAACUAAAUUAAGUAUCAUUCUGGUCUCGAGGAAUACCACCAUGAACAAAAAUACGGCUUAAUAUUUCUCCGAAUUUCUGAA